UGAAAUGGUUUUAAAUCAUAUUGCAUAGUGCUAUGGCCCAAUGCACUGUAAAAAAUGAUUGAGAGUACAUUUUAUUCUAAAAAGAAAAUACUAUUUCAGUCUUUCGACUUCAAAAUUUCACUUUUAAUUCAAUGUCUUACUUGCUGUUUCUUUGUAAUUAAUUGUGAAAUUUACUAGCAAUUUCUGAGUGAAAAUGUUCUACAUUCCGAAUUCUCCAAUGUGGUUGAGAACCACUGCUUUAGCUCAUGUUGGCCUUCACUAUGGAGCCGGUUAUGUGUUUAACCAGUAGAGCAGUUACUGCUGUUGCAACAGAUGCAUGAAGUCACAGACUUCCAUUAAAAACAAAACCAAGUCCAUCUGUCAUCAGCUAACAGAAACCAGUGUUACCGCAUAGCACGGAUGGACCAAACCCCUCCUACAUCAUUCCUGUCAGCUAACCCUUAUACAUUUGAUCAAACCCUGGCGUUUCACAUCAUUUCUGCUCACAACCGACGCCGCUGCAGUCAUGAGGGCUAAACUGGAGAUCCUGGCCCUGGUGCUGGGCGCCAUCGGUCUGGUAGGCACCAUCGCAGUGACCGCGCUGCCCAUGUGGAAGGUCACAGCAUUUAUCGGGCCCAACCUCAUCGUCAUGGAGGCGCAGUGGGAGGGGUUAUGGAUGGCGUGCAUACGGCAGGCGGACAUCAGAAUGCAGUGCAAGGUCUACGACUCGCUGCUCAUCCUGCCGGGAGACAUCCAGGCGGCCCGCGGGCUCAUGUGCGUCUCCAUAGUGCUCGCCGUUCUAGCCGUCCUGGUGUCCGUCUGCGGGAUGAGGGGCAUAGACUGCUAUCAAGACGACAGCAGGGGUAAGAAUGUGAUCCUGCUGGUGGGAGGCUGCCUGUUUGUCGCCGCCGGCCUCGCCACUCUCAUUCCCGUCUCCUGGUCAACUCAUACCAUCAUCCGAGACUUUUACAACCCCCUUGUGCUGGAGUCACAAAAGCGGGAGAUCGGACAGGCGCUGUAUGUGGGCUUCGCUACAUUCUUGGUCCUCCUGAUUGCUGGGGUGAUACUGCUGUGCCGUUACGCCCCCCGUGAGAGGAAGGACGAGGAGGACGGGCCGUAUGUCCCAGUGGAAAAGGACAAAAUGAGCAUGUUGGAACGGACACCCUCUUCUAACUCUUACUGGAAGAGUCAGUACGUCUGACUGAGAUAAAUGACUUCAUUCAGUCCAGUUGUUUAUUUAUGUAUUUAAUCUUUUAUUUUUAUUUCUUUCAAGUCUUGCAUGUGUCUUUGUUCUUUGUUCCUGUCUUGACCAGAUGAAUCUUGGAAAAUCUCAGUGUGUUGAAUUCUGGUUAAUUAGAUUAAAUGUUACUCACUAACUAACUAAAUGCAAGUGAUUGUAUAUUAUAUUUUAAUACAUUUAUUACAUUGAAUUGAUUUAUUGUAGUUCUGUUCUUGUAAGGAAAAACUGAAACUAACUUGUGCAUCCACUAACAUAUGAUUUUCCUAUAGCUAUUUUUAAACUAAAUCAUUCAAUUAUGAAAUGAGACUAAACAAGCUGUCAUGGUAAUCAUCAAAAACUCAUUAUUUGCACAAAAAAGUUUGUUUUUGCUUUUUAUGAUCAAAUAUUACAUUAAUUACAUGUAUAAAUAAAUAUUAUACUAUAAAAUAUUAUAGUAAUUGAUUUUUUGUAGUUCUGUCCUUGUAAGGAAACACUGAAAUUAACUUAAUCCACAAACAUAUGAUUUACCCACUUUUAAACUUUUAUAUCAGAAUUAUUCAGUUAUGAAUGAGACUGAACUAGCUGUCAUGGUGAUCAUUAUACACACACACACACACACACACACAC